UUCGACCUCCUUAAAUGGAACGAACAGACAAUGUUGUGGUAUUUGGAGCAAAGUGUUUGCGCUUAGCAUAAUCCUUAAUUCAAUAUGUUUCAGUCUAUAAUUUUAGAUCGAAUGAAAAGCACGUUUUUCGGAGAGCUUAAGAGUUGGAAUUUCUCAAUUUACGCUCAAUGGCUCGGCAUUCUUUCGAUUCUCUUGUGUAUUAUAUUGGGAAUUGUCAACUUGUUUCAUGUUACGCUAGUAGUCUUGUUCUCGGCCUUAACCAUCGUGGAAGGUGUGAUGUUGAUUUUUAUUGAACUUCCCUUCUUGACUCGCAUAUGUCCGGUUUCAGAGAAAUUUCAAGCAUUUACGAGUAUCUUUGAAAGCAACUAUUAUCGUGGGCUUAUAUAUUCUAUUUUUGCACUGGUGACCUUUUUGGGGUGCAUUUUCUCAGCUACCAGUUUAAUCGCCGCUGGCGUAGUUUUGAGUCUGACAGGUCUUUGUUACACGUUUGCAGGAAUCAAGGGCCAGGCAUUUACUUCGAGCUCUACAUUGGGUGGGACCGGUGGAAACAACGAUGCCCCCGCUGACGCAGUGUAAGAAAGUUGGCGUUCCCAUGACUUGGUUUGACUUUGACAUGGCCUGAUGCCUGAUGCAUCCACAUCCUUUCUUAGGUGGAGAACAGUAUACUAAACCAUCUUUUGAGAAAUUCGGACAGUAACAAGAGGUUUUGCUAACUUUUUUAACGACUACAAAUGGUCGGUCGCAGAAAGUUUGCCUUAUAGAAUAGAUAAUAUAAUGAAAAGAUUAAAUCACUCAUUUAAAAAACCAA